AGCGCGCGGCGUCAUGGCCGCGGACAGUGAUCAUGGCGCAGCCUCGGCACUAGCGGUUCCCGACGGUGGUAACAGCCAAAGCACCAAAUCUGGGAAGGAGCUAGUCGUAGUCCAGGUGCCUGUGGUAGAUGUGCAGAGUGACAACUUCAAGGAAAUGUGGCCGUCCCUUCUGCUGGCCAUCAAGACAGCCAGCUUUGUGGCUGUAGAUACGGAACUGAGUGGACUUGGGAAUAGGAAAAGUUUGCUGAAUCAGUGCAUCGAAGAUCGUUACAAGGCCGUGUGUCAUGCUGCCAGGACCCGUUCUGUCCUCUCCCUGGGUUUCGCCUGCUUCAAGCAGCAGCCAGACAAGGAGGAACACUCAUACCUGGUCCAGGUGUUCAACCUAACUCUUUUAUGUAUGGAGGAAUAUGUCAUAGAGCCAAAGUCUGUACAGUUCCUGGUCCAGCAUGGCUUCGACUUCAACCGGCAAUAUGCCCAGGGCAUCCCCUACUACAAGGGCAAUGAUAAGGGUGAUGAGAGUCAGAGCCAGUCAGUGAGGACUCUAUUCCUGGAGCUGAUCCGGGCCCGGCGGCCCCUGGUGCUACACAACGGCCUUAUAGAUUUGGUGUUCCUGUACCAGAACUUCUAUGCGCACCUGCCUGAGAGUCUGGGAACCUUCACUGCUGACCUCUGUGAAAUGUUUCCAGCCGGCAUUUAUGACACCAAAUAUGCAGCUGAAUUCCAUGCCCGUUUUGUGGCCUCCUACCUAGAAUAUGCCUUCCGGAAGUGUGAGCGGGAAAAUGGGAAACAGCAGGCAGCUGGCAGCCCACAUCUUACCCUGCAGUUCUGCAGCUAUCCUGCUAGCAUGAAGGCACACAUCGACUACCGCUGCUGCCUGCCUCCUGCAAAUCACCGUCCUCAUUCUAUCAACAUCUGUGACAACUUCUCGGCUUAUGGCUGGUGCCCUCUGGGACCACAGUGUCCUCGAUCCCACGAUAUUGACCUUAUCAUCGACACUGAUGAGGCCGUGGUGGAGGAAAAGCGACGACGGCGGAGACGUAGGGAAAAACGGCGGAGGGCUUUUUUGACUGGAAAACAGACCUCUGGUGAAACUCAGGACGGCCCUCCCACAAAGCAGCUCUGUGGGGAUGACCUCAAGGUCAAGGAAACUGAGCAAGAGGUAGCUGAAGAAGCUGAGGAUGAGACUAGGGAACAGCCUGACUCUGACCAAGCUUCCAAAGAAGCUGAGGAUGAGACUAUGGAACAGUUUGACUCUGACCAAGCUCCCAAAAAUGACUUGGAGGUGGGGCUUACGGCAUCAAAACCUGAAACAGCUGAUCUGGCUACCUCAGAAAUGCCAGCAAGCCAAGCUGGUCCUAACCCAGUGCCUGGGGAUGGACUACAUCGGGCUGGUUUUGAUGCCUUUAUGACAGGUUAUGUGAUGGCCUAUGUGGGCGUGAGCCAAGGACUCCAGCCCUGCAGUUCUGGACCGUGGUUACCAGAAUGCCAUAACAAGGUAUAUCUGAGUGGUAAAGCUGUACCUCUCACAGUGGCCAAGAGCCAAUUUUCCCGUUCCUCAAAAGCCCACAAUCAGAAGAUGAAGCUGGCUUGGGGCAGCAGCUGAUUCGACUUCUUCUGAGCACUCAGGGUCCAGGAAGAGAAAAUGAACAUGAACCUAGGAGUCUGCAUUUCUCUACCUGUAUCACCCUUCUCCCAACUACUAGAGUUGGUUUAGGGGUGGGAUGGUUUCCCUGUAGAGGUAACUGCCACAUUGUU